AAUUUUAUUCAGACGGAAAAUUAAGUAUACGCAUACAGGUACAAGCUAGGCCUCUAAGCCUGUCGCAUUUAUAACUGAGAUAGCCACAAACAAACGGCGACCAGGGAAUAACCGCGCUAAUUUCACGUGAUAAAAAAAGCCAUAAACAUUGAAUAUACCAUUAAAUAUAUACAAAAUAUACAAAGAUAAAGUUAACACCUUCGAUGAUAAACAUUUGGAUUUCACAAAUACACCAAACAUCUAACAACCAAAACGAAAUAUGUAAAAUACAACAGUAAAUAAACAACUGCAACGACAACAACAAAGGGCAAAUUUGUAGAGAAAUUAGAAAAAACAAACGGACGGGCUAGUUAACGUCUGCCCGGAAUCUAGGGGUCAACGCCAGCUACCAAAAAUAACAAUUCGCCCACGCACCACCCAUACAUACAUAGAUAGCCAAGAAGAAUGUCUUCCUUUGAACACUCGCAAUCGGGUUUUGAUGAAUUACCCCUAGAGAUUAUAUCGAAAAUUUUUAGUUAUUUGGGCUUCACGGAUCUUUUGGCUGGCGGUGCCACCUGUCAGCGUUGGCACUGUGCCCUGGAUCAAAGUGAAUUCAAGGGCCGUACCCGUGUCUGUUUCUCCAAAUGUGUGCUAUCCGAUCAACAUAGUCCGGCUGUGGAUUUAAUGCGCUCUGAGAGAUAUUUUCGUCAUUUCGUUUUUGAAGAUGUUACCUUGGGACAAGUGCAGGAGUUGAUGACAUUCAUUGGACGGACAGCUCAAAGUUUGGCUCUCGAUAAUGUGGACUUGAGUGAUAAACAAUUAUAUGGCAUUUUACGUCUACUGCCCCACCUAAAAGUGCUUUCGGUGAAACGUUGCCUGCCCCUGUUCAUGUCGGCCAAUUUUCUGGAUAGUCAAACUAAUGGCAUCUGUGAAUUGGCUGCCCAUUUGUCUGGCAUUAAGGAGUUGACCCUAUGCGAGAAUCAAUACCUCACCGAUGCCAUUUUGUUGCGUCUGACCUCAUUCAUGCCCUCGCUAGAGGUUAUAAAUAUGUCCGGUUGUCAGAUUGCCUUUCACAAUGCCAUCCAUAGACGUUUCUAUCCGAAUGAAGCUUCAUCUGGUCCCAGUGAAUCAGUGCUUACGUUUAAGUAUAUACUAAAUAUUCUCACACAACAGAGGAGAACUCUACGCUCCCUGGAUUUCAGUCAGACUCUGAUUGGUCAGAGUCUGUUGGAGGUGAUUGAAUUGAAUCUAAAACUUGAGAGUCUAUAUCUGGCCGGUUGCAGGCAAUUAAAUGCCAACACAAUUCGUUCAUUCUUGGCCAGUCAACCGGAAUUGAGUAUAUUGGAUUUAUCUGGCACAGUGUGUCUAAAUGAUGAAAAUUUAGCCAUCAUAGUACAAACCAAUACCCAAUUGACACACUUGAAGAUCAGCAAUUGUGCGGGCAUAACGAAUGCCGGAGCAGCUCAUUUAUAUAGAUUAAAAAAUCUUAAAUCUCUGGAUAUAUCCAGUUGUAAUGGCAUCACCAGCAGUGGCAUAACCGAAGGAGUGGCCCGUGAAGAGAACAGUAUCCUUGUGGAGCUUAAUGUAUCAUAUUUGCAAAUCUGUGAAGAGUGCAUCAAGUCCAUAGCGAGUAAUUUGCGUUCUCUACGCAUUCUGCACUUGAGUCAUUGCAUCAAUGGAGUCACCGAUGAGGCUAUACAAUUUGUGAUUGGCCAAUUGCGUUGGUUACGCGAACUUUCACUGGAAAAUUGUUGUAGAAUUACAGAUGUGGCCCUAACGGGCAUAAAUAUAGCCAAAUUGGAAUUAAAUCGUACAGAAAACUCUUCCAUGGAGAAUUUCUACCCACCGUAUAGUCAUACACUGGCGGAACGUGAUAGUUUCCGCGGUUCACCUGAAAGAUCUGUAAAGAUCUCUUUACGCAGCAAAGCCGAGGAGGAAAUAGUACGCGAUGCUCGACGCAAACAAGCCAUGUUUGCCGCCUAUGAAAUGAAUCUAAUCAAUGAGGAGGACUUUGAGGGUCAUAAUAUACAACAGUUGCGUGGUCUGCAAUCACUCAAUCUCCGUGGCUGUAAUAAAAUCAGUGAUGUCUCUCUGAAAUAUGGUCUCAAGCAUAUUGAGCUACGACGUUUGCAACUCUCAAAUUGUCAGCAAAUAUCACUCCUUGGCAUGGAGGCUCUCGCCUCCAAUUGUCCAUCCAUUGAGGAAUUAGAUCUAUCCGAUUGUUAUAAUAUCAAUGAUAAGACCAUUCAAGUGGUAACUAGUAAAUUGCGACGUCUACGAGCCUUGCAUAUCACUGGCUGUAGCCAGUUGACGGAGCAUACUCUCGAUGCCAUUAUAGUUAAUUGCUCGUGUCUUCAGACUCUGUCCAUUUAUCGUUGUCGUCGCAUGUACACGGAUAUCGAGGAACGUUUGUCGGGUGUACGUACUUUGCGGCAUUUGAAUAUGGAUAAUCUAACUAGCAUUGAUAAUGCCGAAUUCUUUAGGCUAAAGAAACGUUUAGAUUACUGAUAUUUUGCUGCAAUUUUUGUUGUAUUCGUUUUAUAUUAUUUUCAAUUGUACAAUUUUCGCUAGUCCAGAAAAUAGUUAAAGAAGAGGCUAUUGUUUCUUUGAUAAAUAUCUUAAGAUAACCUGUGCAGAUUAGAUUGCAGCCUAAAAAAUCUGGAAUUUUGCAAUCUUGAGUGGGUUAGGGUCUUGUUUUUUUUUUUUUAAUUUUAAAAAGCGUUGAAUGUUUGAGCCUUAAAAAUCCAUUUUGCUUAUUGAAAAUUACAACAAUUUUAAUGUGUGUAAAAUAUUUACGUUUUUCUCCUUUGUUAUUAUUGGCACCCUCAAGUGUACCAAAAAGAUUUUUUAAGUCUGGAGAUAUUUAGGGCGAUUCUUAAGGCUUGCUUAAUUUUCGAAAUUUCCUGUUUUUUAGGCUCAACCUAAUGUGCAUACUUACUUAAUAUAUACAUAUGUAGCUUUAUAUACACUUACAUAUACAAUGGCGGACACCAGUUUAAGACGUUUAUAUUUUUAAAUAUCAUAUAUAUCAUUAAACGGGGAAUUCAAUUCACUUUCUUUCCUAGUUCAAGAAAAAAAAGUACUUUUGUUAUAAAUUUUUGUCGUAAUACGUCCUCACUCAAAAAAAACCAACAAAUUACAAACAUAAUUUAGAAUUUCAAUUGGUCCCAAAUCGAAUGUUGGGGCUAAAUUAAAUAUUUAUAGUAUGUAGUUUAUCUUAGUUUUGAUAAAUCUACAACUUCUUCCAAGAGUUAAUAUUAAAGAUUAACAAUAACGUCUUUAAUAUUUGUCCAGCUGCAAAGGUGAAUUUAUUGUUCAAAGCGGCUAAAACUAAGAUCACAACAUUUAUGGUUCAUAAUCUGAGUACGAUAACUAACAAAUUACUAAACAAAUUGAAGCCUAGAAAUGUAAAAGUCUUAAAUUUGUGGCCACCAUUGUAACUUAUAUACAAAUACAAGUAAUUCAUUGAUGUUUGUAUGUUUAAUUACAAACUCUGCAUAAAAAUGUCCAGUCGGUUCAAUUAAAUUUUCUUCUUU